UAGUAAUAUUAGAGAAGUUGGAUACCGGUAUCAGUGUUAAAGAAAUUGCCAGCGAAUAUGGAGUAACAGAACGAACGAUACGCCGGCAUAGGCAAAAUUCUACAGCAAUCCGACAAUAUGCAGAGAAUCCUACACGAUUGAAUAGGAAGAGGCAACGCAUUCCCACGUACAAUGACUUGGAUACGCGAUUAUAUCAGUGGUUCGUGCAACAAAAAUUAUUGGGAAAUCAUAUCACCGAUAGUACCCUAAUGUCAAAGACGAAAGAAUUGCAAACGGAAUGUGGUGGACCGUCGAAUUUCGUAGCAAGCAAGGGUUGGCUGUGGCGUUUUAAGAGGGAUUACAUACGCUCUGUGAAUACUGAUGAAAGGACUGUUGAAAUGGAUCACGCCGCUUUGGAGGCUUUCAAACGUGAAUUGCCGCAAAUAUUGAUGAAGGAAGAUGUCCUGGAAAACAAUUUGUAUAACAUGGACGAGACAUGUUUGUUUUGGAGAGCGCUUCCACCUAUGACGUUGGAGAAACAGGCGCAAGAUAAAAGCGUAAGAUCAGAAAAGGUGACCGUGGGACUAUGUGCCAAUGCGACUGGAAGUCAUAAAUUGCUAGUACUUUUCGUCCAUAAACGCGAAUAUCCGCGGGCUCUACAUUAUCAUGCUAACUUACGUUAAUAGUUGCGUUAACGAUAGGAUUUUUCGUGACUGGUAUGAGAAUGUAUUUAAACUAGAAGUGAGGCAGCAGCAGAUACAAAGCCACCAGCCCGGUAGAGUGCUGUUGUUAGUGGAAAAUUAUGGGGCACACGAAUUAAACAAAGAAGAAAUGGACGAUGGACAGUUUAAAUUAAUUCUUUUACCGGCUAAUACUUCUUCUUUGAUUCAACCGAUGGAACAGGGCGUGAUUUCUAAGUGCAAAAAAAUAUUUCGGCAUAGACUACUCCGAUGGGCAUUGCAAUAUGAAGAACGAAUUGCACAGUUCUAUGCUGAUUACGAUAUUAAGGAUUGUAUAGAUUUAAUUCACGAGUCGUGGUGUCGCAUAAACUCAACCGAUAUUUUUCAAUCUUGGGGGAAAAUUCUUAAUCGUUGGAACCAGACGUGAUUUUAUAGCAACCAUUACUGAACAAUCCUUUGAGCUAAUUUCUGUUGAGAGGGUCGAUGAAUGGAUUAUUGAAUGCGAGAGAGAUGAAAUGAAUACGGAAGAUGCAGACACCAAAGAUUGUUCCAUUGUACGAUCACCUUCUCCAGUAGAGGAUACGGAGCUUGAUAGGUUAUUAUAUACCUUACGUAAAAUAAUGGUAACAGAGCCAGAACUUGGAACUCAGGCAAAAUCUAUAAUAGAUUAUUACGAUAAGAAAAAUUAUUUAUAACGCGAUUACUGUUAUUAUUGUUUUUAUUGUUAUAACUUUUGUAUAAUUCCUGGGAUUUUCCUUCUUUCUUUCUCAAACAGGUUAAGCUGAGUUUGAGACGCGAUAUUUUAGUCGAAUGAUCCAACAACAUUGUAUAUUUUUAGUAUAAUGUUAUCCUAUAGAUUUUUUAUUCUUUGCAUUUGUGAUACCCGAUACGAGUUUUUUUUUAAUUUUUAUGGGCUGAAUACAAAAUUAAAAAUCUUUCCACGCCUGCAAUUUUGUUUUGAAAAAAUGAAAAUGAAAAUCUUCAAUUUUUAAGAUAUGUUGUAUUGGAACAGUAAUAGUUAUAAUAUGUUAUAAAUCUUUGAAUAUAUUUCAAGAAUGUUCAAGGCAAAAAGUAAAUGACAUUAAUUUUU